UAACCUGCCAUACGUCUAUCUGUACGUGGCUAUCAACAUCUCCACUAUUUACGCCAUGUUUAACAUAGGACUGAUGAAGAGCAUGGUAGGAGACCAUUUGAAAGACUGCAAGAUCACGCCAAAGUUCAUCUGUAUCCGAUUGGUUCUCAUCACUACCAUCUUGCAGGAGACACUCCUUUCAUUCUUGGGAACAUUCGGUGUCAUUGCAUGUAGGAAAUCGGGACCACUCGCCAACCAAUCUAGGACGCUGUGGUUGAACCAUAAUCUGUUGAUUUUCGAGAUGUUCUUCCUGCUACUCUGGGCACGUCAUCUGUACCGCACCCAGGAGGGCAACAUGUACGGUAUAGUGCCACCGUCACAGAUCUAUCGAAAGAUACGACAGAAUGAACGUCUCAAUAAACGUGAGUCGUUGACAGCUGACUAUCGCAAGGCAAAUGAAAGAACCCCACUGCUGUCCGACAUCUUCGAGCAGGCAUAGAAACAAGACAUUUUUUUAGUUACUGUUACGACUUAUUUUACAGCAUUAUUUUUGGAGGGGUUUCUAGAUCAGAGUUUAUUUGUCGUUUCCUUUGUCAUAUGCCAUAUUUAUUUACUCAAAGAGGCUUUCACCAUAGAUUAUGUUUUCACUGUCACACAGAAUUUCCUCUGUAUUUUUCGGAUGCUAGCCACUUCAAAAUGAAUAAUGCUAAAUGCUAACGCGAAAAAGCUAGUUUCUACCAAAUCCAAG